AUGACUACUAUUGCGGGCACACAAGACUACGAAAUAUUUGAACAACGAGCGCCGGGCCUAAAUCGAAGUUUAGAUGCCAUCAAUCGAAAAUUUAAGCACAAUAUUUGUAGCGGAAAUACUGUUAGCCAUGAUCAGGUAAACAGAACAAAAGCGGCAACUCCUGGAACAGAAACCAAACAGCGCCAACCACAACUUAGCGUACAAAGGCAGAAGGAUAUACAACAAAGUAGUGAUGAAAGUGAAAUUGAGUGUGGUUCACUUUUUACUUGCGGAGACCUACUCACCGAUCAGCCACUUGCAGAUAAUAUCGUCAUAGAAAACCAUUUUAUUGAAAGAAAUGCUGGCUUAUGUCCUGGACAAUAUCAAACGGAACGUAUACAGCACCAAACAUAUAAUUUCGGGACACAAUAUCAAUUGUAUGAAAGCAGCGGUGUCAAUAGUGGUUGUACAGAUCCAUGGUUUAGUGAAAUAGAUCGAGUUUUGGAGGUUGAACGAAAAUUUGGUAGAAAGAGGAAUUUUAUCAACAACUAUAAACAAGCUCAGUUAAAUGGAAGUUUAAUAAGAAGAUCACCGAAAGAUAAUACCGAAGUCCCGUCAACAUCAAUAACUUCCAACACUUCCAGCCAAAUUUACAAAACAGCAAUCCCCGAUAAUCACAAUAGUGCUAUAACAUUUAAGGCAAACAGUAAUCAAAGUAAUAAAAGUAUCCUUGCAAACAAUUUUCAAAAAUCUAAUAAAAGCGGUAAUGAAGGCUUAGUAUUAAGUAGACAAUUUUGCGCAAAAGAAGAUAAACCCCAAGACAAAAAUUUGGAUUCAUCAUCUGUUAAGCGAAUUAUAAGCAAUUCAAAAGUAACAUCAAGUAAAUCCAAAAAUGAAAACAACGAUAUUACAAAAGCCAACAGCAACAGAAAAGGACGUCAAAAUCAUAAAAAGCACAGCGAUAAUUUAGUAAAUGUGUGUAAUUCAACGAAUGCAAUUUUGAAGAGCAGCGGAAGUAGCAGCAGUAGUAACGACUACAAAGGCAUUAACAGUAAAAGUAGGAGUAGUAGUAGUAGUAAUAGUUGCAAUUGUGAUAUAACGGGUGAUAACAGUACGUUGUAUGGUUUUGGCAUUGGUGUAUUAAGCAAUUUUAUUGGAGACGGUGAUUCUGCCAAUAUCAGUGGACAUCAUCAACAAUUGUCAAUUCACCAUUCUCAACUAGGAGAGUUCUGUCAAUAUAGUCAAAUUGACGAGCUUAGGUGGGGCUUACAGCAGCAGACCUAUCUAAAAAAAACAAACAUUUUGCACGGUCAAUCGAACAACGUUUUGGAAAUAGUUUCUCCAGUUACAAGAACUCAACGAAGAAAUGCUUCAAUAAAUCAAACGACUUUAAGACACGGUUCGGACGAUGUCACCGAUUGCGAAAGUUGUAGCGAGCUGCAGUUAUUAAGUUCAAACGACUAUAAAGACUAUGAAGGUGCUAGUUUUGAAAAUAAUACUGCCGAUGAAACAAGGGAAACUCUGAAUAUUGAUUGCGUUAUAGAACAUAUAAAAGUUUCUGCAGAAAACACAAAAUCAAAAAAACCACCGAAUUCUAGUAACAUAAAAAAACAAUACCAUUGUGGAAGCAAAUUCGAACCUACUGAUCAUUCCUCUCAUCCAUUAAUAAAGUUUUAUGAAAGUGAUAACUACCCUGAUAAUUGUUUUAAUGUAACUAGAAAUUUCAUCACUGACAAGUGUCAUAAAAAGAUUUUUAGUAAUAUGGAUCUGGGAAGCAGUAGAGAACAAACCGGUUGGGUUGAUGGGGGUGCAAUUAAGCGAAUAAAUAAUAAUGGCAUAACAAGCAUUGAAAAUUACGAUAACGAGCGGACAGGCGCUACUCUUACACUGGCAAAUGGUCCAAUAGGCGCUGACAGUCGUCUUGGAACUUCAAACAUUCCUGAAACGAUAAACGGCACAACUAUUGGUGGGGGAAUCAAUCAACAAAAGACAGCAACUACACAAAAGCGGCAGCAAAGACGGGGAGGGAAACCACAACCUGAUCGACCUCAACGGGUUUUAUUUUGUUUAAGUGUAAAAAAUCCAGUUCGCUCCUUAUGCAUCAGUAUAGUCGAAUGGAAACCAUUCGAAUAUUUGAUUUUAUUAACUAUUUUUGCAAAUUGUGUUGCCUUAGCAGUAUAUACUCCGUAUCCAUACAGUGAUUCGAAUGUGACUAAUCAAGCGUUGGAAAAAAUUGAAUACGUCUUUUUAGUAAUAUUUACGGCGGAAUGCGUUAUGAAAAUUAUUGCAUAUGGAUUUUUAUUACAUUCUGGCUCAUAUUUAAGGAAUGGUUGGAACAUUUUAGAUUUUUUUAUUGUGGUUAUAGGAAUGAUAAGUACUGUGCUUUCUAAUCUAAUGAAGGAAGGCUUCGAUGUGAAAGCGCUGAGAGCUUUCAGAGUUCUUCGCCCUCUGCGACUAGUUUCGGGUGUACCAAGUUUACAGGUUGUAUUGAAUUCGAUCCUUCGAGCAAUGAUACCACUUUUACAUAUUGCAUUGUUGGUAUUGUUUGUUAUCAUUAUUUAUGCAAUUAUCGGAUUAGAGCUGUUUUCGGGAAAAUUGCAUAAAACAUGUCUUCGUCCGGAUACUGGUGAAUAUAUGAAGGAAACGCAUCCCUGUGGAACUGGAUUCCAAUGUGAGGACGGUUAUGUUUGUCACGAAAAAUGGGACGGUCCCAAUAAUGGAAUAACAAAUUUCGACAAUUUCGGCUUGGCUAUGUUGACUGUGUUCCAAUGCGUAACAUUGGAAGGUUGGACAGAUGUAUUAUACAAUAUUCAAGAUGCCAUGGGUAGUACCUGGCAAUGGAUAUACUUUGUUUCAAUGGUUAUACUAGGUGCCUUUUUUGUAAUGAACUUAAUUCUUGGCGUGCUUUCCGGUGAAUUCUCAAAAGAGCGGACGAAAGCCAAAAAUCGCGGUGACUUUCAAAAGCUUAGAGAGAAACAACAAAUCGAGGAAGACGUACGGGGGUAUCUUGAUUGGAUUACUCAAGCUGAAGAUAUUGAACCAGAUGGAGAUGGUAGUUUAAUGCAAGAUGGUAAAGGAAAACAACUGAAUGAGAUAAAUUCAACUGAUCAAUUGGAAGAGGAGGGUCAGGAAGUUCAAAUAUCAGAGUCGUGGUGGCGCAGAAAGAAAAAAGACUUGGAUCGUUUAAAUCGGCGAAUGAGGCGAUCCUGUCGUAAGGCUGUAAAAUCACAAGCUUUUUAUUGGCUAAUUAUAAUAUUGGUGUUUUUAAAUACUGGUGUCCUUGCUACGGAACAUUAUCAGCAGCCACCUUGGCUUGACAAAUUUCAAGAUUAUACGAAUAUCUUCUUCAUUGGAUUAUUUACCUGCGAAAUGAUGCUCAAAAUGUAUAGUUUGGGUUUUCAAGGAUAUUUUGUGUCGCUGUUUAACCGAUUCGACUGCUUUGUUGUAAUUGGUAGCAUAACGGAAACUAUACUGACUAAAACGGAAAUAAUGCCCCCACUGGGAGUAUCGGUAUUACGUUGCGUUCGUCUUUUAAGAGUUUUUAAAGUCACAAAGUAUUGGCGGUCUCUUUCGAACCUUGUGGCUUCACUUUUGAACUCCAUACAGUCAAUCGCAUCCCUUUUGCUGUUACUGUUUCUUUUCAUUGUAAUAUUUGCUCUCUUGGGUAUGCAAGUAUUUGGAGGAAAGUUUAACUUCAACCCUGAGGAAGAAAAACCACGUUGGAAUUUCGACUGCUUUUGGCAAAGUUUAUUAACAGUAUUUCAGAUUCUUACUGGCGAAGACUGGAAUGUUGUAAUGUAUGAUGGAAUACGUGCUUAUGGAGGAAUAAAGACAGUCGGGGCAUUGGCUUGCAUAUAUUUUAUAAUUUUGUUCAUUUGCGGCAAUUAUAUACUUUUAAAUGUUUUUUUGGCCAUCGCCGUUGAUAAUCUUGCUGAUGCAGAUUCCUUAACAACCAUAGAAAAAGAAGAAGAAAUUGAUGAUGGUAAAAAUAACAAGUCACACAGUCCGACUCCAACUAUUGAAGGUGAGGACGAGGAGAAUAUGAAUGUGGAGAUUGAUGUAAAUGGACAUUGUAUAGAUAUGGAAAAAUUAGAUGAUGAGAAUUUUUCUGAAGAGGAAGAUAACGAAAUUAGCCAUGAAGAGUAUGAUGAAUCCCGUUCCGAAGUAACACCGCGAGCAACUGCACGACCCCGGCGCCUUUCUGAAAUCAGCAUUAAGAAGACUAAAAAGCCAAUGCCACGUGGAAGUUCGUUCUUUAUAUUUAGUAACACCAACAGAAGGCGAUGAAGAUGUGAUUACAGCCAGACCAAGACGCAUGUCUGAAGUCAAUACAGCUACAAAAAUUCAGCCCAUUCCAGAGGGUUCAUCUUUCUUCAUAAUGUCUCAGACAAACAGGUUUCGUGUCUUUUGCCAUUGGCUCUGCAAUCAUAGUAACUUUGGAAACGUUAUAUUAUGUUGUAUUAUGUUCUCCUCAGCAAUGUUGGCAGCAGAGGAUCCAUUACGGUCAGAUGCCGAUCGCAACAAAGUACUAAAUAAGUUUGAUUAUUUUUUCACGGGUGUCUUCACAAUAGAACUGUUACUAAAAUUGAUUUCAUAUGGCUUCGUGCUGCAUGACGGAGCCUUUUGCAGAUCUGCAUUUAAUCUUCUUGAUUUACUUGUAGUCUGCGUUUCCUUAAUAUCAAUUCA